GAAUGGUAUAAGGCUCUCCAGUGGCAUUCCCCAAGAACUCAAAGUCUACCUCGUCAUGAUGGCUACCUUCAGAAGAUAGCUGCAAAAAUUUUAAGAUGAAGAAUAAGCACCAGAAAAACUGUGUAAUCUAUGUAGAUUGGUCAGGUAUUUUUUCAGCAUUGAACCAUACAUAAAAUGCCGUUACUAAUCCCGCAGAAUCUCCUGGAACGAACUUGAUCUGAGCUUCAAAGCUUCCAAAAAGGAAAUAUCUCUUUGACUUUGCUCCCGAGCCUGCAACAACAGUACCAUUCUUGGCGGUCAAAGAUAUUUCAGUUGACAAACACAAUUCUGAGUUCUUAAACAACUGAACAGAGAAUCAGCUGAAACAACUGAACAGAGAGACUACGGAAGAAGAUGAUCGGGGAUGUAGAGAAAAUGGUUGCGAUCGGUAUGGUCUGGGGCGCUACCAAUGCACUGAUGCGCCGUGGCGCCCUCCUCUGGGACCAAGCUCUUAAAUCUUCCUCCAAUGCAACCCGCUCUUCAAACAAACUCCUCUCCUCCCUCCGUCGAUGGCUCAAGCUCCUCUCGAUCUGGCAGUACACUCUUCCUUUUUUGGUUAAUCUCACCGCCUCUGCUACUUUCUUUGCCAUUCUAAGCGAUGCCCCAAUAUCGCUCGCCGUUCCGGUCACUAACGCCACAACUUUUGCUGCCACCGCUGUGUUUGGAAUGCUUCUUGGCGAGGAAACUCGUGUCGGGUACGCUCUGUUUGGUACUGCUCUGAUUGGGUUGGGCGUAUGGCUUUGCAUUAACUAAUUCCGAUUUGUGAAUUGGAGAACUUAGAUUUGGAGUUUAGUUUGUAAUUGAUUUGCUUAUCAUUCUAGGGUUUUAUCGCUGCGAUUGUAAUUUUCCUCAUUCCGAGAUGCAUGAUAUGAAUGUCCAAAGGGUACUGUUG